CUCCGGGCGCGCAGUCCGCGCCGGAGCGUCUCUGCUGUGGCCGCGGCCGUUACCGUCGCCUGGCGCUGCUGUGGCUCGCAGGGUCUAGGGAGGACAGCGGCGGCCCGUCGUCGGUGGCCGCCGGAGCAGGCCUGCGGGGGGACAGGGGCGCCGGAACGGCGGCUGUCGCCGGCCUACUCCUUCGCGACUGCGGUCCUGGGCUGCAGGGUCCGGGCUGCCCCGGGGCGGCGGCCGGCUGGGAUGGCAAGAUAGCGGCGCGGGAGCGGCCGGAGUGACAGCAUAGCACAGACGAUGGAUGUUUACUCAUGGUGGAGACAGCCAUCCUGGAUGGUGGACAAUAAAAGAAUGAGGAUGACUCCAAACUUGCCAGGGCUUCUGUCAGCACUUACUCUUCUGCAUCUGGCCAUGCAAGCAAAUAGUCUGGAGAGGGGGUCACCUCAAGAUUUUAAAUGCACAACCAACAAUAUGCAAGCGUGGGACUGUGUGUGGACAGCACCCCCCGGGCUCAGCCCUGGAGCUGUGAAAGAAGUUUGCAUUGUAGACAGUUUCCGUUCUUGCCACCGAUUAGAGACAACAAACUUUAAAACUCCAGCUCUUUCACCUGGUGCCCAUGAAGUAACAAUAAAUUAUCUAGAUGGCUUUCAAAGUACAUUCACACUGUCUGAAAAAGAUGUUUUUUUAAUUCCAGACACUCCUGAGAUCUUGAAUUUGUCUGCUGACUUUCCGACCUCCACAUUACAACUAAAGUGGAGUGAUAAAGGCUCUGCUUUUCCAAACCCGUUGAAUGUUACCUGGGAAAUCAAGGUUCUACGGAAUCCGAGUAUGGAACCCAUAAAAUUAGUGUCACUCAACACAGUGCUGAGUGGUAGCGAUUUAGUCCACCACUGGAAUUGGACAUCAGACCUGCCCUUGGAAUGCACUCCUCACUCUGUGGGGAUUAGAUGGUACAUUGACAGUCAUCACUUCUCUGGUCAUAAAGAGUGGAGUAGCUGGAGCCCUCUGAAGAGCAUUUCUUGGAUUCGUAAAUCUGAGACUAAUGUUUUUCCCCAAGACAAAGUGAUACUUGCAGGCUCAGACAUAACGUUUUGUUGUUUAAGUCCAACGAAAGUGCUUUCAGGACAGAUUGGCAAGACAUAUUGUCCUCUUAUCCAUCUUUAUGGGGAAAAUGUUGCAAUCCGUAUCCAGAAUAUAUCUGUUUCUGAAAAUAGUGGAACCAAUGUGGUUUUCACAACAGAAGAUAACGUGUAUGGAACAGUUGUCUUUGCAGGCUAUCCACCGGAUGUCCCUCAGAAGCUGAAUUGUGAGACCCGUGAUUUAAAAGAGAUCAUAUGUAGCUGGAAUCCAGGAAGGCCAACAGGACUGGUGGGCCCACGAAACACAGAUUACACCUUAUUUGAAAGCAUUUCGGGAAAAUCCGUCGUAUUUAAAAGAUUUGAAACGCUUUCAAAUGAGAGCUACUGGUUAGCCUUCCAAAUACUUCCUGACCAAGAAAUUCAUAACUUCACCCUGACCAGUCGCAACCCCCUGGGGCAAGCAGAGUCGGCAGUAUUCGUCAACAUCACGGAGAGAGUUGCUCCUCAUACUCCUGUUUCGCUGAAAGUGAAGGACAUCAAUUCAACAGUUAUUACACUCUCUUGGCAUUUACCUGGGGAUUUUGCAAAGAUUAAUCUUUUAUGUCAAAUUGAAAUUUGUAAAGCUAAUUCAGAACAAGAAGUGCGGGAUGCUACAAUCAAAGGAGUCAAGGAUUCAGUUUAUCUUGUUACUGUGGACAAAUUAAACCCAUAUACGCUCUAUACUUUUCGGGUCCGUUGUUCUACUAUACCUUUUUGGAAAUGGAGCAAAUGGAGCAAUGAAAAGCGACACCUAACCACAGAAGCCAUUCCUUCAAAGGGACCAGAUACUUGGAGAGAGUGGAGUUCUGAUGGAAAAAACUUAAUAAUCUAUUGGAAGCCUUUACCCAUUAAUGAAGCGAAUGGAAAAAUACUUUCCUAUAAUGUAUCAUGCUCAUCAAAUGAGGAGACGCAGUCCCUGAUUGAGAUCCUUGAUCCUCAACGCAGAGCGGAGAUACAGCUUAAUAAAAACGACUACAUCAUCAGCGUGGUGGCAAAAAAUUCCGCUGGCUCCUCUCCGCCUUCUAAAAUAGCUAGUAUGGAAAUCCCGAACGAUAACAUCACAGUGGAGCAAGCUGUUGGAAUAGGAAAGAGGAUCGUCCUCACCUGGCAUCACGACCCCAACAUGACUUGUGACUACGUAAUUAAAUGGUGCAACUCCUCCCACUCUGAGCCCUGCCUCAUGGACUGGAUAAAAGUUCCUUCCGACAACACUGAGACUACCGUGGAGUCUGAUGAAUUUCAGCCAGGAGUAAGAUAUAAUUUUUACCUAUAUGGGUGCACUAAUCAGGGAUAUCAACUGUUACGUUCUAUAACUGGAUAUAUAGAAGAAUUAGCUCCAGUUGUUGCACCAAAUUUUACCGUGGAAGAAACAUCUGCAGAUUCAAUAUUAGUAAAGUGGGAAGACAUCCCCGUGGAAGAGCUACGAGGCUUUUUAAGGGGGUAUUUGUUUUACUUUCAGAAAGGAGAGAGAGAUACACCUAAGACGAGGAGUUUCGACACAAGACAUUCUGACAUCAAGCUAAAGAAUAUCACUGACACAUCCCAGAAGACGCUGAGGAUUGCCGAUCUCCAAGGGAAAACCAGUUACCAUCUAGUGCUGCGAGCCUACACACAUGGCGGCCUGGGCCCAGAGAAAAGCAUGUUUGUGGUGACCAAGGAGAACUCCGUGGGACUGAUUAUUGCUAUCCUCAUCCCAGUGGCUGUGGCUGUCAUUGUUGGAGUGGUAACAAGCAUCCUUUGCUACCGGAAGCGAGAAUGGAUUAAGGAAACAUUCUAUCCUGAUAUUCCCAAUCCAGAAAACUGUAAAGCGCUACAGUUUCAGAAGAGCGUGUGCGAGGGAAGCAGUGCUCUUAAAACAUUGGAAAUGAAUCCCUGCACCCCAAACAAUGUCGAAGUUCUGGAAUCUCGAUCGAUAGUUCCUAAAAUAGAAGAUACAGAACUAAUUUCCCCGGUGGCAGAGCGUCCUGGGGAGAUCUCGGAGGCCGAGCCGGAGAACCACGCAGCCGUGUCUUACUGCCCACCCAUCAUCGAGGAGGAAAUAGCAAACCCAGCAGCAGAGGAGGCAGGAGGGGCUUCCCAGGUGGUGUACAUCGAUGUGCAAUCCAUGUAUCAGCCUCAAGCCAAACCAGAGGAGGACCAGGACACUGGCCCCGUGGUGGCGGCGGGCUACAAGCCACAGAUGCGCCUCCCCAUCAGUCCCGCUGCCGAUGACACAACAGCAGAGGACGAAGCGGAGAAGACUGCGGGUUACAGACCUCAGGCCAACGUAAAUACUUGGAACUUGGUCUCUCCAGACUCCCCAAGGUCCACAGACAGCAACAGUGAGGUCGUCUCUUUCGGAAGUCCAUGCUCCAUCAAUUCCAGGCAAUUUUUGAUUCCUCCUAAAGAAGAAGACUCUCCCAAAUCUAAUGGAGGAGGGUGGUCCUUUACAAACUUUUUCCAGAACAAACCGAACGACUAACCAGGUCACCCUUAGCCACUUCAGUCUGCCAUCUCAAUGAGCCAUCAGCCACCGCUGGUGUCGCCGAAGCAGCUGGAGCACUCCUGGAGGGACCCUGCAAACGUUGAUUGACAGCCAGGGACCUUCACUCCAGGCAAGCGGCACGAGAAGUGUUAAUGUGCUUUUAAUGUACCCCAAAAGCCAAAGUGCAGUGACUCAGGGCCCUCAGCCAUAGAAACUCAACCAUUCGAAGCUGUUUUUGAUUGAGCCAAAGAAUCCUCUGGAAGGAUCUCAAGGACGAACUCUGUCUAGUACAUACAUACAUACAAAACAAAUCUCACAACUUUUCUGUUGCUAAUGGUUUUCUCAUCUUCAUAUGUUAUGGAAUUGCAAGCGCAUUUACAGGCAAGGGAGAAAAAUGUCCAAGUCAAAACAAAGUUAAUUUGCCUGACAGUUACUGCAGCCUGGAGGAAAACCAAGCACAGAUUUUAAAACUUUUAUGAUGUCUCUGUCCACAGCAUUUGCGAAAGCGGAUCUAGUUUUCAGUGUAGCAGCAGCAGCUCUCUGGUCUUCUGUGUGAUAAAGUGUGCUGCUUCCUGUGCCUACUGUAGAAUGGUUAUCAGUUGUCUCAGGGCUACAAACUUGGAAAAAAAAAAGGUGUGACACUGACCAGCGCAAAUCAGAAUCCCAUCGUCCUGCCUUGGUGGGGGGUGAAAACCUUUCUGCUACCACAUAGCUUGCACGCUAGCUUCAUUAGUGCAGCUGGUUGCCCCAGUACUGGAAAUUUCUAGAACUAUACCCACGUUUCCUCUGUUCAUUUUGUGUUAUGUCACGGUGUCCUCUCCAUUAGAACCAAUUCAGUGUAUGUAACUGACGAGUCACCACGUGAGAUGACCACUAAGAAGUAGCCGGUGGUGCGUGUUGGCCCUGUCGUUCCGGUCCCCCUGAGAAGAUAGGCCCUGAAGCCUGACCAGUAGCUGGCGAUGAUCUUUGGGGCCUCUCACACUCUCACAUUACUCUGUUGCUCGUGAGUCUCGGCCCCUUCUCCCACAGGCAGUUGGUGGUCCAGACUCUCAGAUCUGGUCUUCAAAUCCCUAAGCUUAGACCUAAAGGAAGAUUACUUCUCUCUGGAGCAGCCAGAGCCAGGUCCUGAGCACAGCACCCUCCAUCCACCCUGGCUUCUCGUCAGCAAUGUGUACAGCGAACGUGCUUCUUAGAAAAGCAGAGUAGAAACCUAAAAUGUACAUCCUAUGUCUGUUCUGCCUUUGGGUUGCGAAAGUAUGUGACAGUUUGAAACACCCGAGCAGAAGACCUUUGUUUCCAGCAUCUGAGGUCCCCCCCCACCCAAAAAAUUUCUGCCAGAUAAUGGAUUGUUCUUUUAGUUCAUAUUUUAUCUUUUACUUUUAUUUAUUUAUUUAUUUAUUUUUUGAGCUAGGGUCUCACUGUGUAGCUCUGGUUGUCCUGGAUGGAGAUGAGGUUGGACGCAGACUCACAGAGAUCCGCCUGCUUUGGCCUCCCAAGUUCUGAGAUUAAAGAUGUGUGGCAUCAUGCUGGCCUUUUAUUUUAUCUUUUAAAGAAUCAUACAGAAAAAAAAAUGUACAAGUGACAAGGGACAAGAUCUAAUAGUCAAUGCAUGAUCCUGUUUUUAAUCCUAAGAUUCAACUACAUUCUGGAGCUUCAUGAUAGGGUGGUAUGUGGAAUAAAAUACAAUUAGAAAUGCAUUUGUAUAGAAUAUAAAAGGUAGAUAGUAGCUCUUAGAAAUUUUCAGUACUGAAAAAUACUCCAAACCAGAGCCACCUGCAGUUUCCUUUUGACUUCCUUGUGCCCUCUUUAGCUCCUGUCUUCACCCUGCACCCAGCCACUCUGAGCCCUGACCUCCUCCCCCUGACACAUCUUGUUACUGCUCUGCUCUGCUUGCCUCAGCUCAUGCCUUGUUCCCCACUGAAGCUUAUCAGUUUCAUAUUCAAUCUAAUUAAGAUGAGCGUCUGGGAAGGUUAUAGCUUAUCAUUCUGAGCAACAUUAAUCUGAGAACACAGGGAAAGGUCAGAAGAAAUGGACUCAUCCUGUCAUUAAAAUAUCUCCUUUUCACAUAAGUGUCUAGAGUGAAGAAAUUUUAGAAUGCUGCUCAUCUCACUGUGCCUCUGAAUUCUGUUCUCAAGAACCAGUGAGCUACCCAGAAGCAGGGUUCCCCUGGAUUACUGUAGGAGAAUGUGACUCAGGGCGGAGGCCAAGGCAGCUUUUCUUGUCUUUUCCCAUGGAGUUGAAGAUAGCUGCAUCUCUGUGCAUGACUGUUACUUCUGCAUUAACAGAAGUAACUGAAUUGUGCAGAUAGGAAGAACCUAAGCAGGAAGAGGACAGGGGAGAAAAAGAACACUUUUAACCAUCUUCUUAGUACUUAUCUCAUUGUUUAGGAGUUCGGUGAGUGUGUCAGUGCAAGGGUCAUUCGUCUCUAUGUGUACAAGAUGGUCUCACAAUGGAGUCAUAAGCUCCGUUAUGAGCACAUGGUCUCAUAAUGGUGGUCAUACUCUGAAGUCAGGGUAUUUGUUUUUCCUGAAGGAGAGUAGAGGACCAAUAAGAAGGAAGGCUAGACUUGUUCCCAGCCCUUAGGAAAAGGAGAAAAAUCGUUCCUUCCUAAGAAAAGCCCAGUUAUUGGCCAGAAAACUACAAACACCUCAUCUAGAAUUAGGUUCCAUUCUGUGCUGAACAGAAUCACAUACAGGACAAGUAGUCACCUUCUGGCAAGUAGUUGCCUUCCUGCAAGGCAGUUUUACUCCCCUGUGAGAGAUGGAGCUUGAAGGUAUCAGAAUACUUAUGAGUGGCCAUUUUCAAUAACAUUUAAUUUGAAAAUGUUCUUAAACACUUCACCAGGCUUUUUGAGUUGUAUGCUGCAUUAAUUAGCACACACAUACCUUCUGAAUCCUCCCGUUUGUUGGACCUGUAGGCCCCUGGAUUUGAGAUGGUAGCCCUGCAUAUCUGGACAGCUGGGUUGCGUUUCUGAGCUGUGUGAUAGAGGUGCUUUUGUUCUUGCGGCUGGCAACAGAAGCAGCCAUUCAUCGGGAAGUUUGAGGGAGGAAGUGUCAGCCUCAUUUUUCAUAUUAGCAUUACUUUCAUGGUUCAUGGAACUUGAUGGAUUGCAUUCCAAACCCCCAAUACUAUCGCACUCAGACAUGAUGGAAGAAAGUCACAUUCUUAGAACUUCUUGCAAACUGAACUCUUGUUAGAAAUCUCUCCUGACAUAGUAAUACUGUCUGUAUUUAUCAAGUAUCACAGCCCUUUCGGUAUUAAUUAAACAUAAUUUUGUGAAAGGCUAGAGAAUGUUUCCUCCCGACGGGAAUUUGAAGUCAAUGUCAUGAUAUUUUUCAAUGAAAGUACCCUUUCAUAUGUCAAUAUGCAGAAAGUAUUAUCUCAAAGUUUCUUACUGCUUCAGCACUUACUCUGAUAAAGCUUGUUUGUAGUAAGGUGAUUUUUGCUGUUUUCCGUUUUUUGAGAUUAGUGAACUGCCUUUUUAAAGGAUUCUGAAAGUAAUAUUCUGCAUCUCAAGUGAAGUAUGGAGAAGAGGUCAUUAGCUGCUAAUGCCAGGCACACGGUGAAAGUUCAGUGGUUGGUGGAGUCCCUUUCCAGAGUGUUACAGAUUCAGCAGACCUGUCUUGAAGGAUGGUAGAGUAAGCUGUAGCUCACAUAGAUGUGAAGUGACCGAAAGAUUUUAAUAUACUGUGUAAACAGCCUCACAGCACGAGGGAAAACCAAGAACACUCGCCAAACGUGGCACUAGACACUGUCAGCAUACCUUUAACUGAGCGGAGUUUGCUUUUAUCUAACUGAGUACUCAAUUUGGAGAUGCAUUCGUACCAACCGAGGCUGUGUUAUGGCAAGCAACAUGUGUGAGCCUGAUUGACUAGUAGGACUCAUUCUCUUUGUAAGAUAUGUCAAGACACUUCCUUUGACCUGAUAUUUUCUGCUGAAACAGUUUCAUGCUGUCAUACCUCUCGUCUUAACCUCUUGUAUCCAGAAGGAAAAAAACAAAAAGCUUGUGGCCAAACUUUUAGGACUUUAAUCUUUUAGAUAUAACCCUAGAAUAUCCUUCAAAUUCAGUUAGCGUGAAUCAUGGAUCCUAUCCCAGUGCUAGUCAUACUGUUUAAGCCUCGUAGUUUACUAGGGCUGUUAGAUUUUUACUCCCUUUCAAUGAGUGCUUUUAUCUUAAUGAUUGCAUGAUCAUAUUGAUGCCGAUCAUAAUGCAGAGGAAUUCUUUCUAAAUGUAGGCAGAAAGGGCUGAAAGUAACAUUAAGCUGAGCAGUACCAGGUUUUGUUUCUUCUUGUUAGAGUUUCUGGGGUUGUCAUUUGGUCUAUAAUAUACACCUGCUUCUAAUUAUGACUAUGCUUCAGAUUAUGACUAGAUGCCAUUAUUUUAACCAGCAUAGUACCUGUUCGGCCUGUGUUAUGAAUGAUGAUUUUUAGUCAAGGUAUAAAUAGCAUUUGCUUAACUUAAAUUCUAACUGUGGUAUACUUUUAUUACAAAUAAAACCAUAACUGAUUGCAGGUUAAACAAAUGUAAAUCCGUAAAAUUUUAUAUUUCUCUCUGGCUGCUGGAACUAAAUACCUUAAAAUGAGAAAAAAAUGCAAGAAAAUUAAUAUUAUUACAUUCACAUGUGUCUUCAAAUCACCUUUGUAUUAGAGACAAUCAGGACUAUAAAGGAAAUCAAGCUAUUACUCACUUUUUGCUGUACUUAGGCCUAAGUAUUCGAUAUGUCUAACUGGCUGGCUAUUUAAAUUUAUUGUAUUUCCUUACAUGUUCUUUUAUUUUUAAUUAUUCCAUUUUAAAUAGGAAGUUUCAACUUCUGAACUGACUUCCAGACCCAGUAGCAUAUCCCUUAAAAGAUCAAAAAUAUCUUAGGUGGUAAUCCCAUCUUCCUUAAGUCAUGGGCGUCUUAGUCUUUGGCAGGAGGUCGUAGAACAGAAUGCUGAAUGAUAGUUUUCAGACGAGACUCUCGCUGUUGGAUCCAAAUACUUUCACCCAUCUUUACCUCAGAGGUCACUCACGAGCACCCCAUUCCCUCUGUUUAGGUUCCCUUCCCGUGCAUCCUUUCAUGGGUGGCACAGUGAAGCACUGAGGAGCAAACCCCGGCUAACUCCUGUGGUGGGGUAGAUCUUCUAGGAUAUUCCAGGACACAACUGCUGAAACACACUUCUAUUCAGAGCUGCUCUGAAAAGAUUGUUCUGGAUCGAGAGAUAGAUAUGCUGAGUCUGAGAUGACACCAACUUACGGGCAAGUUCAAAGGUGACACCUAAAAAUCUCAAUAUCUAAAAAUACUCAGUGUUCCUAGUAAAAGUUUUUUCAAAUUACUUUUAUCAACUCUUCCAUUAGCAGACCCCAAGCCACCCACCUUCCCUUUAACACUAAGAAAUUGCCAUUUUUCCUUUCAGAUUUGCAUUACAGUGCAUUACUGUUUACAAAAUACACAUACUGUGAACAGAUCUAAGUUUUUGUCUUUUAUAAGGUUUGUAGAAUGAAUGUUGUUUUAAAGAUGGUAUUAUGUUAAAUAUUUUUAGGUUCUUAUAAAUACUAGCUACUGUUUACUAACUUUGUUUGGUCAGGUGUGUACAUGUAGCUGAAAGAUAGACAUUGCAGUUUCCAUAACUUUUCCCUUUUCCAUUUCUUGUAAAAAAUAUUACCACUACAGAAUUUUUUUGUGCUAACACAAAUGAUCGGUUAUGAUGUGCAAUACCUAAAAUCAUGUUUGGUCCUAUAAGGAAUCUUAUACACAGAAAGUAAAUGAGAUUGCUCUGCAAUUCACUCUGACUCACAGGAUUCUGAGUUGAGUUUGUAAUAAAACAAUACUCACAGAGAUUGACAACUUAAGUAUUUCCAGCCUUGUGGAAUUUUGGAUAUUGUGUUGCUGUUAGAUGGAAAAUCUGAACAUUUUGUAUCAUAAUUUCAGAAUUUAGCUUCCAUAUCUUUUGGGAAACAUGAUUAUCACAAGAAAAUAGAUUAUGUAAAUAACCUCUUACUAAGACACUGCAAAUAUAAAACUAGUAUCGCUUGGCUGUUAAUUAUAUAAAGAUGUUACCUAUGUCUGUUUUUAAAACAUGCAUGUAUUUAACAAUUUUAUCAUAGUAUUGUCAUGGAAAAAAAUAAAUAUAUUUUCUUACAUCGUA